AUGGAAGGUGAACAAGUUCCUGAAAACAUGGACAGUUUGGACGAAAAUGUGAGUACUUUUCUAAACGUUGGCUGCGGAUGCUCCGGAGGUCAAAAAGGGAAUCAAUGUUCGAAGUCCUUUUCAAAAGAAACACUGCUUUUUAACCUUCACAACUGCUUAGAAUUGAGUAGAGAGGAACUUGAUCUUGUGAUUUUGGCAAACAUACAAGCAUCUACACAUGGACAUGAUGAGCAAGUUGGUGAAAAACGAAGUAAGAGUCCCCGAUGUUUUUUCACGUUCAAGUCAAUACCGAUAUGCAAAAAAAUGUUCCUGCAGGUCUAUGGUAUAAGUGACAGGCGUUUUCGUUCACUUAAAGAACAUUACGAUACCUUUGGUAUUUACCCUAGAACUCAUGGGAAUAAGAAGAGAUUGCCAAGUAACACUUUACCAUAUUCCACUGUUGCAGAUAUAAAGGCAUUUAUGUCCAAUUAUGUGGAAGAAAAUGGGGUAUUGUUGCCAGGUAGAAUUCUAGGCUACAAGAAUGACGACAUUAAGCUACUAUCAUCAUGUGAAAGUAAAAUGGGCGUAUGGAGAUGCUACAACAAAAGCUGUGAAGCUGCAGGAAAGAAUUCUAUAAGUUAUUCCAAAUUUGUCGACCUCUGGAAGGAUCUCUUCCCUGACGUCGUUGUAGCGAAACCCAUGACAGAUUUGUGCGCACAAUGUCAAGAGAAUACGACAAAGCUUCAGCGCUCCGCGAAUUUAUCCGAUGAAGAAAAAUCGGUUUGUGUUAAGCUACACCAAGAGCAUUUAGAUAAAGCUAAAGCAGAGCGAGAAUGCUAUAGGAAGGCUUGUGAAGAGGCAAAAGACAAUUUUGCCUCCUUUCAACAAGAAUUUGACUUCACAGAGACACACAGCUCAUGCUCACUCGAAAAAACAAUGCACUAUUCGUUUGACUAUGCCCAGCAAGUGCAUAUACCGAGCAAUCCAAUGCAGCCUGGCCCAAUCUACUUCAAGACGCCACGGAAAUGCGGAAUAUUCGGUGUUACAUCUGAAGCUGUUCCCCGGCAAGUAAACUUCUUGAUAGAUGAAGCUGUAUCAGUUGGAAAAGGAGCCAAUUCAACCAUUAGCUACUUGCACUAUUUCUUAGAGCAUCAUGGCUUUGGCGAAACUGAUGUGCAUUUUCACGCAGACAACUGCGGUGGGCAAAACAAGAACAAUUUCUUUUUGUGGUAUUUGGCUUGGAGAGUUGCAAAUCAUCUUCAUAGAAAAAUUAUAUAUUCAUUUCUCCUAGCGGGUCACACUAAAUUUGGCCCAGAUCGUGGUUUUGGCUUGUUAAAGAAAGCAUUUAGAGCUACCUAUGUUUCGUCCUUAUACGAAUUAGGAUCCGUCGUAGAAACAUCAAGUUCCAUCGGUUUCAAUAAAGCCCAGCUUGUGGGAACACACGAUGGUAAAGUCAUUGUUCCUGUUUACGAUUGGUCUACAUUUCUUGGUCAAUACUUCAGAAAGCUUCCAAACAUCACAAAAUUUCAUCAUUUUCGUUUUGCCCUAGACGAACCCGGAAUUGUUUAUUACAAAGCCUUCGUAACUUCAGAGGAAUAUAAAAUGAACUUAUUGAAAAAGGCGACCAUUUUGCCGCCAUCUGAUCUUCCAGCAAAGGUCGCGCCAAAUGGUUUAGAUGCAGAGAGGCAGAGCUACCUGUUUAAGGAAAUUAGACAGUUUUGCAAACCAGGAACUGAAGACCUUGUUGCUCCGUCUCCGGACUUAAACUUUGCCAAUAUGUAG